AGCAGGCAUCUGGCAGGACAGCUGAAGCCCUGGCUUGUCCAGCCGACCGUGCAGACGGGUUGGCUCUUGGUUUCCCUUUUGUCAAACGCUAAAUCAGGAGCUUCGGCGCGCGACCUUUGGCAACACACCUGGAGAAAACAAUGCCCCUUCCCCCCCCAUUUCAGAGGACCGGGUGACAUUUUGAAAUAGCCCCCACCCCGUCUUUUUGUCCCAAGGCAAAGCCCCGUGGGACGCCCGCUGCGCGGAAGAGCGCAGACAAGGGCGAUCAGACCUCGCUCCUAAGUCGUGCCCGUUCGCAGCACCACGGUGGGGAGCGGGGAGCCAGGCGUUGCAGCUCAGCCCAGAGGGGCUGCAGAGCGCGGGGCUGCUCCCGGCGCCCCCUAACGAGGAAACCCUCCAUUAAAUCCAAGAGGCUGGUAGGCGGCUCCCCCAGCACCUGUAACCCACCCCUGCGCCCGGCUUCGCCUGUCCACGCCGCCGGUCUGCGCUCGCCCCACGCCCCGGCUCGCUGGCCUGCCUCAGCCGGGAACGAUCCACGGAAAGAAUCGUACCGUUCGGGGGGGUGCGUGUGUGUGUGUGCGUGUGUGUGUGUGUGUGCGUGUGCGUGGGUGUGCGUGUGUGUCGGGGUGGGGGGGAAGCCAGCGGCUGAGCAAUUCUUUAUUGGCGUGGGAUACUAAUUGCUACUGAAGGGGAAACAAAUCGUCUCCCGGGGCUAAUGCCGUGGGAAGGGCCGGCAGGCAGCGGCGUGUCCUGGCCGGGAACGAGGAGCCCGGGAGAGCCCCCUGGUGGCAGGGCAGGGCCAGGCGCAGCGCCUUGGGCGGGCUCUGAUUCGCCGCCCGCUUUGGAGGGACGGACGGGAUGCUGCUAAACUCGCCUUCCUCUCCCCCCGGCCGGGACUCUCGGACAGUCCGCGGCUCAGACGCUUUAUUUUAAAGACGCGAUCGGCCAGGGGCUUUACCGCUAGGUUUGAUCCGGAGUGAAACAGCCUCGUGGCCGCCCCCCCGCGCGGCCCCCACCCCCAGAGCUCCAGCCAACAAGUCCCGGGUAACCGAGACAAACAGCCGGGAAGGCUUCGCAGCGCGGCGGCCGCGGCGCCUGGCUGCCCGACGGGAGCGGGCGGGCCCGGCAGCCUCUCGCUUCUCCCCCUUGUAAGUUUCCUGCGACGUGGAUCGAGUCGGGUCCCAGCCAGCGGCGUCUCCCUUCCCGCACGCUGGAUUCACGGCGGCACCUGCUUCCCCGGGACAUCUGCGAGCGUGACAUGGAGAGGCGACGCGAAGGGGACCCCUGGGUCCUAGGAGGCUGCCAGCCCCAGUAGGUUUACAUGGAGCAUCCCUGGCUGCGGUCGGACCCUACAGGCAGCUGGUGAGAGCGCUGCUUGUUCUGUAAAGUGGAUGUCAGGUGGAUCUAUGGUCUUGAAGGAACAAAGAGCAAACGAAGGGAAAGCCGCGGAAGUUUGAGCCGGGAGGAUGCAGGCUGUGUAUUGGUACGCGGUGCUUCUGCUGCAGCCUACCCUCUACCUGGUCACAUGUGCAAAUUUAACAAAUGGCGGCAAAUCAGAACUUCUAAAAUCAGGCAGCUCCAAAUCCACACUAAAGCACAUAUGGACAGAAAGCAGCAAAGACUUGUCCAUCAGCCGACUGCUAUCACAGACUUUUCAUGGCAAAGAAAAUGAUACAGAUUUGGACCUGCGAUAUGAUGCCCCAGAAACGUAUUCUGAGCAAGAUCUCUGGGAUUGGCUGAGGAACUCCACAGAUCUUCAAGAGCCUCGACCCAGAGCAAAGAGACGGCCCAUUGUCAAGACUGGGAAAUUUAAGAAAAUGUUUGGCUGGGGCGACUUUCAUUCCAACAUCAAAACUGUGAAGUUAAACCUUUUAAUAACUGGGAAAAUUGUUGAUCAUGGCAAUGGGACGUUUAGCGUUUAUUUCAGGCACAAUUCCACUGGCCAAGGGAAUGUAUCUGUGAGCCUGGUACCCCCAACCAAAAUAGUGGAAUUUGACUUGGCACAACAAACGGUGAUUGAUGCCAAAGAUUCCAAGUCCUUUAACUGUCGCAUCGAAUAUGAAAAGGUCGACAAGGCUACCAAGAACACACUCUGCAACUAUGACCCUUCAAAAACAUGUUAUCAAGAGCAGACCCAAAGUCAUGUGUCAUGGCUCUGCUCCAAGCCCUUUAAAGUAAUCUGUAUUUACAUUUCCUUUUAUAGUACAGAUUAUAAACUAGUACAAAAGGUGUGUCCUGAUUACAACUACCACAGUGACACACCCUACUUCCCUUCGGGUUGAGAAUGAACAACAUGUGUCUGAGACUCAAGCCUGAGGAAUAAGAGAGGUCAUACGACAGGGCUGUUACCUCAAAGAAGAAGGCCACCCUAUUGCCUGGAAUGUGUCUACACUCUGCUGCGCUGUCAACUGGCUGCAAAUAUGUUAGUGGAAAACAAUCUACUGUAAUUUCUGCCCAGUCAGCUCCAUGUAUCAGUCUAGUUGUAAAUCACUAUGGAUUUGAAAUAAAACCACAUAGACAUGCACUCUUUUCAGCUCACCUCUAUUAAGAUUCCUGUUAAGAGGGCUUUCAUUGUCUGAUCCAUAAUGUUUCAGGAUAACCUAUCAUCAAGCCAAAAGGAUUAACUAUACAGAGAAUGGUUUCUAACACAAACUGUUUUGGAAAUCACCUUUAACGUCUUGAAUACAUGCCAAUCAAUAACCCCCACUCAUGCAUUCUACUGCUUAGACUAGCUGUACUGGUAAAUAAUACUAUAGGAGUAAAUGCUUGUUAAAAUGGGGGGCGGGGGAAGUGUGUCUAGAAUUCAGUAUUCCUUAUUAUAUGAACACAGCAAAGUAUAGUGACUUUUUUCCAGCAUACAGUAGGCACAUUCAAGGUGGCGUUAGGUGGCUCUUUUUCUGUGGAGGGAGCCUAUUACUAGUACAGAUAAGCAGACAUUUGGAAUUUACAUGUGGGCAGACAUUAUUGUUACAUAUUUCUUCACUGAACAUUUAAAUUGGCAGAGUUGAGACCAGCUGAGCUACUUAAAAACUCUCUCUCUCUGCAAGAAGGAAAAUGCCUGAUAGACAACAUGUAAGUUAUAAGUGGCUGUCUUAUCUUUAUUACAAAUAUUGUAACAAAUUCAAUAUCCUAGUCUUCAUUUGUAUGAAUGGUUUGUAUUGUACAUAGUUUAACCAGUGUUAUUUGAGCUGCUUAUUAAUAUUAACUUGUAAUUGUCUUUCUGCUUGUUAUUGGUUAAAAACAAUCAAGGAAAUGAGGAAUCCAUUUUAUCAAUGUAGCUGUAAACUCCAUUAAAAAGACAGAAUAAUGUACAAAGCAUUUAUUCAGCUAAAGUAUUGUUGAGAGCUAUACACAUACAACAUUACAGUCUGUCUGUAUUUAGAUAUUUUAUUUCCAGACAAAAAAUGAACUGUACAUAAAAAUAAAAUACUUAAAGUUGAGUUUCAAUA